GGGAGGUUACACACUAUUUGUGUUGAUGUGUUGCUUACGUACCGUCUGUAUUAAUUUUUAUUAGAACAUCAAAAUUUGACAUUUUCAGAAAUAUGCAAAAAAGUGUCCGUUGUUUAUGUGUGUGAUUCUUAAGUUAUGGACGUUCAUACCACGUGUGUUAUCAGAUUAAAACUUUUGGAGACAUCGCCCUUUGAAAUUUAACCUGGAUGAAUACCUUCGUUAAUGUAGCUUAGCGCAUAUGAGUGUCGGUAUAUAACAAAUACUGGAGUACUUCGAUUCAUUAACACCGAGUUAUACAACUUAACAUUUACAUUGAAUUUCUGGCAACCAAUCGAUAUUCUAAAAAUAGUAACAAUGGACUUUCCAGUUUUUAGAUACAAUAGAGAAACAGCACACCAGAAAACAACCUAAAUAUAUCACAUGGAUAGCAAUGUAUCUAGGGGCUGGAUGGUAUAUUAAGAAUUAAGCUGCCUUGACUAAUUGGCUACAUAUGUCAUGUCCAUAUGAACGUUUUCAACAAAUAAGUCGUCCAUCAGUUGAAGAAUGGAUGCCGACGAAAUAGCGUUGCUACAGGAUUACAAAUCCUAUUUCCAAAAGAAUGUUGAUCCCAUCACAGUUACAAACGGAUUACGUACUCAUGGUCGCAUUGAUGCUUCAAUUUUUAAGAGUGUAUAUGAUGUCGACAGGAAGAGUUUUGGGGAUCGGGCGGAAGUGUGGAAAGAGGUUAUUCAGAUUAUUACAAAACUAUGUCCUUUCCCUUCCUUUUUGAGCAUACUAGAUACCACAGGAUAUACCGACUUGUCAUUAGAUCUGUCUGUUCACAUUCGAAGCAUCAAAGGUCAUUUGAACGACGUUGUGAGGCUCCAAAGGGGAAACUGUCGAGGAUCAAAUCACAAGUUUGCACAAGAACUGUUCGUGUCUUUAAAAAUAAAUACUCAUAACAACACAUUUAAGAAUCCUCGGGAAAACUUACAUGAAUUGUCACAACGGUUCCGAGCCAAGUUUGUACAUGAGUUGGAUUUGGAUAAAAAGAUGUUGAUAGCUGAUAAGUACGCAGCCUGCCUCUGUGCGGAAAUAGACUCACACACAAUGUUGUACGUAAGGAAAUUUCCUACACAUGGUCUUUUUAAAGAACUAGAAGACCUAAUACCAGAAACGUCAAACACUCAUGUUACCGAAGUUGCCUUCAGAUCCAGAAUGGCGAUAGCGUGUGCCAUAGCAGAAGACACAGAGAGAGGAGAGGAGUUCCUAACGGACGCCCGGGUGGCCUCUUAUCAUAUUGGCGCCUGCGUACAGCUCGAUAACAUGUUGUACAUUCAGGUUUUUAACUAUCUAUGCAAGUUCGAGAACAACCCCACGGACGAUCUGCGUGAUACAAUAAUCAAGCUGGCAGGAAUGAGUCUCCAGGCCCUCGAGGACGAAGACGAUGUUACUCGGAUAUUCUGGAAGCGCAUGUUUCUGUUGCGGAUGGUGUAUUGUCUCCUUGGUAUUAGCAACAGAUGUGAUCUUAUACCACGUUGUGUAGCCAGACAAAAAUACGUUUACAAAGCCAGACAACUGAUGGCAGAGAUUGACAAAAUAUGGGAUGGAAUAGAGUCGAGGAGAAGAAUGUUUUACUACGUUGCCAGGGCGCGUCUCCAUGACCUGGACAGCCGUCGUGUUAAACAAGAAAUAUCUGACAUGGGACGCAAAUCACAAAAUGAAGGAGCAAUGCUCAACAUCGAGGCAGCAAUAUUUCAAAUUGAAAAAGCGAUAGCACUCGGAGAAGAGGGUAACUUUGGCGAAACUUGCUAUGUUAAACUUUACGCCUCUGAACUAAAGGAAAAGAAAUUGCAACUGAUUCUACAGCAGACAGGUCGAUCUGCACGUGCAGGCCACGAACAUUCAGACAAGUCGGAGUUUGCGUGUGAACACAAUUCCUACGAGGACGAAAUCGCUGGGAAGGCUACUGAGAACAUGGACAUGACCUCGUACCGACCGUACAGCACCCGGUUACGGAUUAAUCAAUCCUCUGAUAAUGAUACUUUGGUUGCAGAUAAAAGUAAGGUUCUACAUCAUGCUUCAAUAACGGACAUAGAUAAAUCUGUGAGCCUCCAGAAAGAUCCUCGGAGUAUACCUAACACUCGCGGUAAUGAAUCGUUAACCAAUACAGAUCGUCAAUCUAACUGUUCACUAGAUAUCCGACAAGAAAGACAAUUUACUGGUAAUGGCCGCCAUCAAGUAUUGGUAUCGCAACAUGACAUCUAUCGUCCCCUUUGUGUCCAGUCUGAAAAAUGCCCUCAACAUGUGGAGUCGUGUCUGGUAUAUACACAAGGGAACGUCUGUCAUCAACCGAGAAACGCCCAUUAUCAAAUAGGAAACGCCCAUCAUCACCUAUUAAACACCGAUCAUCAGCAAGGAAACGCCCUUCAUCAACCAGGAAACGCCCAUCAUCAACCAGAAAACGCCCAUCAUCAAUCAGAAAACGUCACUUAUCAACCAGGACACAUCUGGCAUCAACCGGUUCUAGUUCAACCUCAACCAGAAAACGUCGGUCAUGAAUCAGAAAAUGCCAAUCACCAGCCAGGAAUUGUCAAACAUCAUUUCGGAAACUCUCCUCAAAGACCAGGAAGCACCAAUCAAGAACAAGUAAAUGCUCUACAUGAACUAGUAGACGCCCAUAACCGAUCAGAAAAUGCAAAUCACCAGCCUGUAAGCACCUGUUAUCCCCAUCAUCAACCAGAAUUUAUUAGCGUCACUCAAGGGGUGAACAGUCGACGUCUACCAAUGCAAAAUAUUUGUCAAUCACAGACAUACGAUGCACAAGGAAUAUUUCAGCCGAGAAGUGCCACUUAUCAGCAGCAUAUAGAAAUACAGGUCAACCAACAGGAUCUCCGUCAACCGGAGAGCACUACACACCAAUCGGGCGACGUGUCUGUAGAAACAUUAUCAUACGGGGGUCAACCAGACAAAGACAUCAGAGAAUGACACUAACCCAUUCACAAGUGGAUAUUUUGAGAGUAUUGUGUAGUUCUGACGGAAACAUUUGCAGCUGUUUGUAAAACUAUUUUUAUAAUCGUUAAUUAUAAACGAGUAUUAUUGUCGUAGUUUAUAAACACACCUAGUCGUGGUUUGUUAAUGUACAUUGUCGUGUUUUUUAACUAAAAUAACAUAAUCCCGAUGGGACAUCACAUUCCUUGUUGUCAUAUCAUGCAAUUAUGAACAUACAUGGAUAGGUUAGCGCUAGCAGUUUACCGCAAUACAGUAUCGUUCUGUUCCCGGUGAUUUAAUAUUGUGUCUUUGAGAAACUGCAUGCCACAAUACAAGGGCAACGAAUGCAAUUUAUUCGGCUGUAAUUUAUGCCAUCUGGACAUGUUUUGAAAAGUAAUAGUAAAAUAUAAUUGACCACAGUAUCAACACACAAAGACAAAAUCAGUAUGGCAAAACACUAAUUGGAAUCGAGAAUUCCGAUACACAAAAAUAGAGACAACCGUCAGUAGAACACGGACACAAAACCAGGUGCAACGCAAGAUAGUCAUGACAGAUAUUUUUUAUUAAAAAAAGUUCUUUUCUCCUAAGGAAAUUUCAAAAAAUUUCAAUAUACUGUUCACGAGGCAGCAAUAUCAUCAUUUGAUAAUAAAAAAUAUAUGUGAUAUAUAUCAAAAUGUAGAUUUCAUCACAAAGUUUCGGCCUGGGAUACUUCACUUUUUCAAGAUUCGUUUAUGCUUCAUUUAUAACAAUUUAAGAUAACGAUAGUUUAAUGUAUGACAUUUGAUAAAAUAAUACCCAACAUACAUUUGGAAUUCUACCCGCUUGCAUUACCCAAAUAUUCGUCCGUAUAAUAAUUCUUGACUGGUAAAAAAAAUUCAGCACCUACUUUACUUUUUUUAUCCAGCAUAUGUAAAAACAAAAACAAAAAAAACCCGUACCUGCAUAGCAUUUGACUUAUUCUUCACAGUAAAAACUACGCAUUUUACAUGUAUAAGAAUUACUGAAGUAUAUUUAUGCUGCUAUGAGGCAGCAGAAAAUCAUUGGUUUACCCUAUAUUUGUGUUUUGUGCAAAGCUAAGAAUGGCAAUGAAUAUCACCUCUAUUUAAACAACUAUUCAUAGCUUUAUUUAGCUGUUUGUGUACCAUGUGAUAUCGACGAUCUACUUCUAUAUUUAGCAUUGCAGGAAAAAUAGCUAAACGCUGACUAUUUUAGGGGUGUUCUCAGUUCCCCAACUUUUUAAAGAACAAAGAAAAGUGUUGAUAUAGGAAGACAAUGGCAAACUAAUUAUAGUCUGUUUCAUACUUAUCCCACAGGUAACUUACCUGUAAGAAAGUUACCUGUCUGACUUGUAUCUUUUCUGUGAAUGUGGUAUGUAAGGUAACUUUUGGAUAUGUAUUUUA